ACUAGUUUAUAUACUUCAGUAGUCUUUACAUCUGUUUUGUUAAUUGUAAUAUAAUAAUAAAAAAAUUAUAACACAUUUAGAACAAACAUUUUUCUGUGUCUUUAUGGUAUAUUUUCAACUUACUGGAAAGUGUUUUUAUGAUACAUACUUGUGAAAGAUUAUCAAAGAAAUAGUGUAAAUAUACUAAUUUUAAAAUGAGUUCCAUACCAACAGGAGAAGAUGCAUCACUUUACUCCAGUGGUUCUUUAAAUUCUGUUGGAUCUGUUUCACCUUCUACAACUGAGGAUUUUACAAAUGAAUUACAAGGUCUUUCACCAGAGGAACGAGAAAGGCAGAAAGAGGAAUGGAGUGCAGAACUGGCUAAAGUAGAAGAGGAAAUCCAAACAUUACGACACGUAUUAUCAAGUAAAGUAAGAGUUUCACAUGAAUUAAAAAGAAAACUAGGUAUUAGUGUUUGGAGAGAAUUAUCAGAAGAUGUCAAUCAAGGACUUCGUAAUGUUAAAGAAAGUCAUGUGUUUCAGAAAACCGAAUCAGUGUUUAAAUCCACAGCAGAAAAAACAACCAGUAUCCUUGGCGGUUUUGGAAGUGGGCUUUCUAUGAAACUUGGACAAAUGAGAAAUUCUAAUAGUUUUCGAUCUCUUGAAGAAAAAGUCGGUUCAGCUUAUGAGAAUGUAAAGACAAAAGUCGUGCCUUCCAGGUCAAAUUCUACGCAAGGCUUUGAUGAAGCUUUAAGAGAAGCCGAAGCGUCUAGACGGUCAUCCGCAGCAUCGAACGCGACCAGUCCAACUGAUAAAACUCUUUCUUAAUUUAUUUUCUCUAAAGUCAUUGAGUGUAAGAAUAUUUUUCAUUCCACACUUAAAAAAUAUAUGACAUUACUCACAUUUUUGUACAGUUAACAACAAUUAUGUAAAACUAAACUACUCUUAAACUAACAUUUAAAAAAAACAUUUAUUGUAUUGAACUUGCGCACUUGAAUUUCUUCCAAUGUUCAUAUUAUGAGAAUUUAAUGUUCAGAACCUCAUUUUUCUUAAUUAAAUUAGUGCUAGAUUCUAAAACAAUCGAAGAAAAUCUUAAAAAAGCAAAUAACAUAACUGUCGUGUUUUCGAGAAACACAGUAACUGCAUACGAUGUUUCUCGAAAACACGGUAGAUAAUGUUAAUGAUAUUUUUCAUAUGCGAGGAACAUUAACAAUUUUAUCAAAAUAUUAUUUUUAAAAAAUCAAACAAAUUAUAAUUAUUACAUAGAGCUUAUUAACUAUCGUUUCACAAGAAUAAGAAAUCAAACAUUUAUAAUGGAUACAACGUCUUUGUUAAUAUAUAGAGAAUGACCGCUACACGAGUUUUAUCUCAUUAAAAAUUACUUAAUUUCCAAACUGCAAUAGAAAAUAUUAUAAUUAUACUCUUUUAUUUAUUAUAAUAAAUUUCUUUAUUAAUUUUAAA